GUGCGCGCCUGCACCUCCAUCCUCAUCGGGCGCGGCGCCACCGCGGACGGCAGCGCCUACAUCGCCCGCACCGUGGACUUUGGGUGGAGCAACAUCACGGGGAACCUGCGGUACCACCCUGCCCGGGAUACCCCCGCCACCUUCGCCUCCAACGACAACAACCUUACCCUGCAGCUGCCCGCCCCUGGGCUGGCCUACCUGGCGGCCCCCUGCACCCGCCCGCACAAGCGGGCCGCCGUCCCCGCGGGCAGCAGGAACGCGUCCUUCGAAGAGGUGGGGGUGAACUCUGCGGGCCUGGCCGUGUCGGCCACCGAGACGAUCUGGAGCUCGGCGGCCGCCGUGGCGGCAGACCCGCUGGAGGCGGCGGGGGGGGUACUGGAGGAUGCCAUCCCCUCGCUGCUGCUGCCGCAGGCCGCCUCGGCGCGCCAGGCGGUGCAGCUGCUGGGGUCUCUCAUCGAGGAGCACGGCUCGGGGGAAGGGUUUGGCGUGCUGCUGGCGGAUGCCGAGGAGGUGUGGUAUCUGGAGAAUGCGGCGGGGCACCACUGGCUGGCGCAGCGCGUGCCCGAGGGCACCUUCUUCGUCUCCGGCAACCAGGGGCGCCUGCAGGCACUGCAGGAGGUGAACCUGAGCGACACGGCAGCCGUGCUGGCCUCGCCAGGCCUGGUGGAGCAUGCUGUGGAGGAAGGCCUGUAUGACCCCGCCAGCGGCCAGGCCUUCAACUUCUUCAAAGACUACACAGAGAGCAGCGCCAUCGACGUCCACUUCAACUUCCCGCGCGUGCGCCGCCUGCAGCAGCUGCUGGGCGGCUACCAGCAGCCGCCGACGGGCGGCCUGCUGCCCGCCUUCCUGCCGCCGGGGCGCCCGCUGGAGCUGCAGGAUGUGAUGGGGGGCCUGAGGGACCACUACACUGGGGGGCGGCACGACCCCUAUGCAGCGCCGGACCCAGAUGAGCCCUGGCGCCCCAUCGCCAUUCUGGCAACAGGCAUGGCGCAUGUCACGCGCGUCCUGCCCGCCUCGGCGGGCCUCCCUCCCCACCUCUCCGUCGUCACCUACCUGUCAAUGGGCGCCCCGGCAUGGAACCCCUUCAUCCCCCUGUACGCCGGCCUC